AUGGUGAGCAAGUCUCCUCAUGUCAGGCUUCAUGGCAAGCAGCCGUGGCCAGCCAUUUCCAAGCCCAAGAUGCCCAAGCCUGUUGUGAGGAAGCCAACUAUGCGAAAAGCUGCCGUUGCUGAAGGCAUGGCGCCAAAGGCCCGGCGGCCUUUUGCUCUCUUUGUCUUGGAAAAUAGUGCAGUGCCAAAAGGCUCAGCCAAAGCAGACUUUCUUAAAGAGAUGAAGAGGCUUGGUCGGAAAUGGGGGGCGUUGCCUCAGGCAGACAAAGACAAAUACAAACUCAGAUGCAAACAAGAGUUCACAGAACAAAGGGAUGCUUUGAAGAUUCAUGGCUUGCAGAUCCGGCGUCCUCUUGAUUUGGAGCGUGCCCGGCCGUCCCAGCCAUCCCAGCCGUCCGAGUCAUGCACCAUGGACAGCGACUGUGCUGUCAAGGAAGGUGAUGUUGCCUGGAAAUUUGGCAAUGUCACGGUGCAGGGCAGACAGGCGCCAUUGGGCGAAGGUUCUUAUGGCAAUGUGGUACGAGGUAUGACGCCGAAUGGCCGUCCCUGUGCGGUCAAGAUUUUCAAGUGCAGCAGGACACUGCAGUCUCUGAAGCAAGAGGUUUUAGUUCUCAAUUUGAUCAAAGAUAAGAUUGCAGAGCAAGACCGGCAUCUAUUCCCAGCUUUGCUGGCAACCGAUUCGAAGAGGAACCCUUUCCCCUUCAUGGUUUUGGAAUAUGGUGGCACAUCGUUGCUGCAAGUGAUUCAAGUAGAUGGACCGCUGAGCAGCCACAGCGUGUCUGUGCUGUCCUUGCAGCUGCAAGCAGCCUUGCAAGCGCUGCAUGCAAUCAGCGUCCUCCACCUAGAUGUGAAGCCUGGAAAUAUCUUGUGGAUCAAGGAGACAUUGCAGAUGAAGCUCACUGACUUUGGGAUGAUGGCUGAGCUUUUUGGAGUUGCAGCUUGUGAGCUUCGAUUUUCUGAGUAUGUCAGUGCACCGUACAGGCCUCCUGAGCUAUGGAAUGCUUGCACUGUUGAGCUUUCCAAGCACCUUCGCCCCAGUGUGGACAUUUGGGCAUGUGGGUGUGUGCUUUUCGAAAGCUUUGUAGGCUACCCCUUGAUGAAACCCAUUCCUCCAGCUCAGAGCUGCAGGGACACUAUGCAGUUGUGGUGCCAGUCUUGGGGCCAGCUGCAAGCAGCCAAAGGGCCCAAAUUGGGAGGGAGAGCUCAAAGGGUGCAAGCUCGCUUGUUGAGAGCCGGGCUUUUGAGGCAGAACUUCGGGCUUCUGUUUGGGCAAGGCUCCAGUGGCAGCAGCUUUGGUCCAACCGUGAGAUCUUCGCCGAAGCAAGUGGAACCAGAGAAAAAAAAGUGA